UUGUGAUGAAGGCUCCCCAGCUCGCAGACCUAGGUUCGAGUCAGCAGUGCGAGCACGCCAACAGAGAGGUCACCAUGAGGGCUCCAAAGUCCCUUCAUUAUGGGAAUUCAGAAUCUUUGGAUUUUAGAGUGAAGGCCACAGCAGCAUUCAUCAAUGAAGGGGCGUCACUACAUUUCAAAGCUGUUCCAGUUCAGCACUGUUAUUAUUCAAGGAACAAGAUGUUGACAGGUGAUGAUCAUAAGGUACACUCCGAGGCAGGUCUUUCCCCUGGUGUCCACAGCCUCAGAUAUGCAGAUAAAUGCCAGAAGCAUAGGAAGCGUGUCCAGGAAAGAUCGGCACUGCCAUCGACUAAGCGGCGGCGACUUCAACUAAAACAAGAGCGGUCAAUAACACAAGGUGCUCAAGAAGCUCUUGAAGGCAUGUCUUAUCAGUCAGAGAUUGGGCAUUCAGAUGAUGCUGACAUCCAAAAGCUGCCCAGAUCCAGUCCCUCGAGGUGACUUCAAACCUAUAGUGCUGCCAACAGGACAGCCUACAUACAUUGCUUUUGACCUGGAGACAACUGGCCUUA